CACAGAUUUACUCUUUGUAAACUUUGGUUUUCGAUUUGGCAAUUCUCUUCUCGGAUUAUCAGGGGCAAUAGCUGAAUUUCUGUCAAUGAUUCACUGUUCAAAAUAGCAACUGAAUGCCAGGAUAUUCAACUCCAUCAAAAAACCUAAGAGAAAAAAUUAGUUGGGAAACAUGUGGACUUGUAAAGAUCUAUGUAUUUUUCUAUUGUACACUUUCCAUUUUUUCUCACAUUUAUCCAUUGGAACAGGAGAAGAAAGUGCUGACAUUCCAUUAUCCCACAGGUAAGGGCUAAAAAGAAACUGUAUACAUAUAUACAUAUACAAGAUAAUGUGAAUACAUAACUGAAAAAUGUACUAAGAAUUAGUCCCCAUACCAUCUCUCGACUCUAUUAGAGAGGUGUCUGCAACACAACAUUGGUUUUCUAUGGAUUUCUAUUGUAUAUGUUUAGAUACUGUUCCAUAGUAUAUGUGUGACUUUUAAUUGUGUUGUGAAAGAAAGGAUUCUCCUAUUUUUUUCUUCUGGGACAACUUUAGUAUCAGGAUUACGCAUUUUUUGCAGUUUUGAUUAAAAAAUAGGACAUCCAGUAGUACUUUUGUGAGUGAUUGCAGUUUGUAUAUUUCAGAAUCAAACUGUGAAUCAUUUUCUUAAAAUAGCAAUGUUUACAGAGUUUUGCAAAGUUUUGCUGUGCGUGGAAGUGGAAUACAGGCAAAUUUAAGACAUCUUGGACGAGUUUUCCAUGGGGAUAGAAUGGAAUGAAUUUUAUUAUAUUUUAGCUAUUUCCAGACAUUGCAUGUAAAGUUGCAUUGAUUCUGGAAUGAUUAAAUCAAAGGGUAAAUGGUCUAUUUGAUCCCAAUGCACACCAGAGUCUCUUUUCUACAUAUGAACGAAGACUACACUUACAUUCUGACAAUUUCCCAAAUUUAGCUUUUUCAAAUUGAAGCUGAAUUACGCAAUUAUGCAUGACAGAUUUAAAUCUUCCCAGUGGGCCCAGAUAUUCCUUUCGAGACUUACGUGAAGGUCCAAGAUCAAAUUUAGUCAUAGAAUAAAUGUGUUACAACUCCUAUCAAACAGUAUCUUGAUUCUAAGUGGCAUUUGCAGAGUUGCCAAGAUAAUGUAAUGAAUGAAAAAAGAAUUUGGCUUACUAAUUUGAAAUACUAAUUGCUAUUUGUUUUUCUGUUUUUGAUAUAUAUUUUCUGAAGACAGGUAAUUGUGUCAGUUGUUGUAUUUGAUUGAAAAUUAAUUCAAUACAUUAUCAGCAAAUUUCCUAUAAAUGCAUUUACAAAAUUCAAAACCUUUACACCCACAGAUUUCUUUUUUCUUUCUGCCCCAUUUUAUUAGAAUCAUUAACUCAAUGGUUAUAAACAGUUCCUCUACAGGUUUUAUCUGUUUAUUUAUUAUUUUUUCAGAAUACAUAAAAACCGAGCACAGCGCACAAAACCAGACCUGAACAAUAAAAAAAAAAAUCUAUACCAUAAGAUAUAGUUUUCCCAUGGAGGAAUCCUACACAACUAAUUUAAACAACUCUGAAAUAAAAGUCGCACUUUAUAGGCCUGGCUGCAUUUUAUCAUGUUUUUUGGUUUUUUUUAAUCAAAGUUGUAACAAAACAAUGUUAAAAUGUAGUAUUUUCACUAUAAAAUUUUUUGUUUUUUUAUUUGAUUACACCUGAAACAAAAUUUUGUUCCAAAAUAACUAAUUAAAAUAAAGAAAAUUAACUCUGAUUCACAUAAUAUUUCUGCAGGAUUUACUGGCAUUGCUUUUCCCAAAUAACAUAGGGUUUAUUUACUUAACACUGUACGGUGGUAAAUCCUAAACAAGAUUGCAAAAUUUAGGCCAAAAUAAAGUCUUUGCAAAAUAUGUCCAGCCCGGCUAUAGACACACUUUUGCAAUUAUAGCUUAAAUUUUGCAAUCUGGUCUUUAAUAUUCUAAAUUCUCUACGUAAUGAAUAAAUGCAUUGUAUCCUUAACUGAUAAAUGUUAUUUUCUCUAUAAUAUUAGACUAAAUGCCAAAAUUAGCAUAUCAUAGUGGAGUUAUAGCGUAUCAUAGUGGAAUUAUGGAGUAUAGUAGUGGAAUUAUACACAUUUGCAAACUGAAAAACAUUUCCUAAUAAUACACAUGAUAUUACCAGAUGCUGGUCUUUUACUAAUAGGCCUGAUUGUCUAAUAAGCCUUUUUUUUCUGAGCCAAACUCAUUCCUUUCGCAUCACAACAGACCUGCUUUGAGAUUGUGUUGUAAUCCACAUAGCUAGAUUAUCAGUCCAUUCUAAAAAUGACAAUUUAAAAAAACCAAAAGGUUUAUUUACUAAUGUGAGAAUUCAAAGUGAAUUUAAAAUUCAAGGUAAAAAUAGCACUUUUUUUUUAGUUUUGCUAUGCUGUCCUUCAAUCUGAAAUUCAGGUCAAUUCACUUUGAAUUCUAAUUUUAGUAAAUAUCCCUGAAAAUAUUGCAAUAACAUUUCUAUAAUCAUACAGUAUUCAACAUAUGAUCUAGCAGUGCACCCUAUGGCGUUAUGACAGCCAAAACUUUUUAAUAUAAAAAGAUGGUUAUGAACAGCUCUGUAAGAAAGCAGGACUCUUAUAAAUGUGGUUCUUUAUUAGCUUUAAUGAAUAAUGGACAUUUUUUUCCCAUAAAUUAUGUAGUGGACAACCAAUAAACCGACUGGUUACCUCUGCUAAACUCUCCUGUUCCUCACAAUCUGUUUUUGCUCAGAAUGCAGCCAGCAUGGGUCUCCAUUCUUUUACACAUUGAUCCCACCCAUGCGUCUCUGUUUCUAGGAGAUAAUUGAGUCAAAGCUCAGUAAGUUAAUUAUCUCCCGGAUACAAAGAGCCGAAUAAAUGAAAACCCCCAAAACAAAAAUAACUAUGAAUCCCCACAAGUCUUAUAUCCCCGUACAGCUAUUAGUGAUACACCCAUUCUGUUCGAAUAGCACUUGAAUCUGUGGAGAUUUCAUUGACUCAUUCAGUACGUUCCAUUUCGGGAAUAGUUUGCAGACAGGAAGGAGAUGGUUUGGGUGUCUAUGGAGGAGAGGAGGAACAUAGGACCAGGGGAGUGAUAUAUUCUUUCGGUGUGUUUGCCACAAAUAAUUUUUCUAUUUCUAGUACAUUCAUCAGAGUUGCUCCUUCCUACAGGAGAGAAUUUCUCUGUAUCACUGCAUGCGUUUACUUUAUAAGCAUUUCCUACAACAUGUUACACUUAUAAAUAAUGCUAGUGUUACAUCAUACAGUAUUGUCAUCUUGUAUUUGCAGGAGAAGCGCCAGAGAUGUAUGGGCGGCUCCACUUCCACCUGUUGACUGCCGGCUAGGUCAGUGGUCUGAAUGGUCUUCAUGUUUCCCAUGCCAAGAAAGAAAAGUAAGAUUUAUUUUCCAAUUUGACCAUUAGUAAAAGUAAAACAAAGAUUAGAUGAAUGUUUUAUAAUUUUUUUAUAGAUAAAUGGAUAGGGUGAGUGAGAUAAUAAAAAAAAAUGUAGCAAUAGAAAGUAAAACCAUCUUGUGAUCGUCUUCUAAAAAUACUUCUUUAACAUAUCUCAAAUUAAUGUUGCAGAACUUUCUUCUCGACAGUUUCAGGAUUGAUUGUUUUUCAUCAUUAAACGCUUCCCACUGUAAGAGGGGUGUGAACUGCACCUAGGAAGACAAUGAUGUUAUGAUAACCAAUGUAUUGUUGGUAGUUUCAUGCAGCGUGAUACAUGCAAUGUGUCUGUUCCAACCACAAAGGAUACACUAAUCUAGCAUGGAGAUCUAAUUUUUGGUCCCUGUCUAGAGUUAUGAAUCACUGAUCUAGGUAAUGCAUAAGGGACUUGCAAUGUGACUUUAACCUACAUACAUUUUAGGUGGCUCACCUACUGAAACGUUUAUUUUUACACUGUUCAUAUAAUGCUGGCUCUUUAACCCCUUAAGGACACAUGACAUGUGUGACAUGUCAUGAUUCCCUUUUAUUCCAGAAGUUUGGUCCUUAAGGGGUUAAGCAAGGUGAAAGUUCCACCUGAGAGGUUUCCUUUGAUGUGGCAGGUGGGCUAAAGUUAAAUUGCCAUUGGAGAAACUAAAUAACCUCUAUUUGUUUAAAUAUGCAUAGGGAUUUGGGAAGAGCGCAGGUAACUUUUCUUACUGUAUGUAUUAGGGCUGGUGUGUACUGUGGUCGUUGCUGCCGCCCAGGAGUGAUGGGAGUUUGAGCGCAGGACUUGUUUUUUUUUGUAUUUGUAUUUACUUUGUAUCACACAGCUAUGUUACAAUGCUGCCGCCCAUCCCAUGUGUUCCUUAUUAGGGUUUAUUAAGCAUGUAGGGGUGUAUAUAAAAAAAAAUACCCCUUUCUGUCUCAUUAGAGAUAUCUUCGUCAGAAGCUCAGGGAAGCAAGGUGAAAGGUUAGUGUAGGACCCACCUGAGAGGUUUCCCUUGACGUGGCAGGUGGGCUAAAGUUUCUAAUGGCCAUUGGAGAAACGAAAUAACCUCCAUUUGUUUAAAUAUGCAUAGGGAUUUGAGAAGAGCACAGGUAACUUUUUUUCCUUUGGUUUUUACUGUACGUAUUGGGACUGGUGUGUACUGUGGCCAUUGCUGCCACCUAGGAGUGAUGGGAGUUUGAGCGCAGGACUUGUUUUUUUGUGUAUAUAUAUAUACAGGCUUUGCACUCCACAUUGAAAGUUAUAUAUUUACCUGGUGUCAGCGCCACACUGCCUAUAAAGUUUAAUGAUACCAGCACUCUAGGAGUUCCAAACAUAUCUUCUUUAUUCAAUAUAAUCCAUAGCGGUCAGCAUUUUAGUUCCACAUAGGAACUUUCUUCAGGACAACAUAAAAAUGUGUAUAUAUCUAUUUGUUUAUUUUACACCAUCAGGAUUAUUUACUGAACCAGGAAUUGUUGUGAAUUGAACAGGGAUUUGCAAACUGAACAUUAUUAGAAGCAUUGUCCAGGUUAGCUAUUUCCCAGCUUGGCUAAUUUGACGUAGAAUUUGCAAUACUCCGGUUAAUGUCCCUUUUUCAGUGUGCAAUACUCAUCUUCUGAUAUGCUAUUAAAAUGAAUGAAUGUAAUAAAAAAACAUGACACAACCUGAGAAAUAAGAAUGCAUAUAGCAUAUGUAUUUAUGUUUCUUGAAUUUGUUCUUUUUUGUGUUGCACAGCACAGGUUCAGGAGCCUGGAUCAGCCAGCGAAGUAUAAUGGACGUAUUUGUAUCGGGACACUUAUGGAAACAAUGAUAUGCAAAACCGCAGAUAAAUGUGUCCAAAAAAAUAUUUGUGGAUCUGAUUUUAAAUGUGAAGAAACAGGUGAGCACUUAAUCACUGGCUAGUGCACAGGAGGACAUAAAGCCACUUUUGGCACUUAAUUUGUUAACGGGAUACUUUAAGCACCAAAGCAACUUUAGCUUAAUUAAUCCGUUUUAGUGUCUAUAUCAUGCCCCUGCUAUCUGCAUUGCUCACUUUUGUGCCAGGGGUCUGUGUAUGCAGUCCUAGCCACACCUUCCCUGACUGUAACUCACACAGCAAACAUUAAAAAAUUGUUUAAUUUUCAAUCACAUAUGGCAGCACAGUGUGUUUACUUUAGACGUUGUUAUCUCCUGCUCUGUUAAUUGAACUUUUAUCAUACACAUGAGGCUGUUGCAGACUCUAGCAGGCUAUUGAUAGAAAAUAAGAAAUUCUAGAUUAAACAGACUGUGAAAUAUGGCCAUGGGAGGUGUGACUAGAGCUUCAUAAACGAAAGACAAAAGUGAAUUAACUCCUAGCCAGCAGAAAAUUGAGCAGUGAGACUGCCAGGAUAAGAUCUAUACACAAAAACCACUUAAUUAAGCAAAUGUUGUUUUGGUGCUUAAAGGACCACUCUAGGCACCCAGACCACUUCAGCUUAAUGAAGUGGUCUGGGUGCCAGAUCCAGCUAGGAUUAACCCAUUAUUUUCAGAGAAAUUGCUAUGUUUACAAAUGGGUUAAUCCUUCCUCCAAUUCCUCUAGCGGCUGUCUCACUGACAGCCGCUAGAGGCACUUGCGUGAUUCUCACUGUGAAAAUCACAGAGAGAGCACGCAAGCGUCCAUAGGAAAGCCUUGUAAAUGCUUUCCUAUGCGACCGGCUGAAUGCGCGCGUGCGCAUUCAGACGAACGGAGGAGGAUCGGAGGAGGAGAGCGCCCCGCCCAGUGCUGGAAAAAGGUACGUUUUUACCCCUUUCCUCUCCCCAGAGCCGGGCGGGAGGGGGACCCUGAGGGUGGGCGCACCCUCAGGUCACUAUAGUGUCAGGAAAACAAGUAUGUUUUCCUGGCACUAUAGUGGUCCUUUAAAGUGUCCCUUUAAUGACUGAAUUCGUUUUGUUUGUUGCAUUACUACUAAAGAUUCUUCAGAUGGAAUUUGUUAGAAAGACAACAUAUCCGCUACUAAAAUGCUUAUUUUUAGCUGUUGCAAUAUAGAUUUGGAUCCAUUGCCUGUGACUGUGAAAAAAAAGUAGUCCCAACCCAAAAUGGGCUACAACACGAGAUCUCCCAUUUCACUCUUCUAACCAGAGCAAAUCUGAACACUUUCUUGUUCUAAUUGUUUUAAAGAUCGAAACUGCAAUCAUCAAAUGACUGGUGGUUGGUUCAUAGUAUUUACAAUUAGCGCCUGUUAUUGGAAUAAAACUUUCACUUUGUCAAGCCAGUCAGAUUACAUUCCUUUACACUCAGAUUACCUGAGGUCUUUAGCAGUUGUAGACCAAUAUCAGCUGCUGCACCACACUUUCCUAGAUGCAGGUCCAAGUUUUUUUGCUUAUAAUCAAUUUUUCUAUGUUCCCACUAGGGAUUCUAUGUGAGUGCUCCAGUAUUGAGUUAACCCCUUAAGGACACAUGACAUGUGUGACAUGUCAUGAUUCCCUUGUAUUCGAGAAGUUUGGUCCUUAAGGGGUUAAACAUGCCUCUUUAGGAGUCACACCCAUUUAUUUACAUAGUAAAACAAUAUAAGUAUAUACAAGUGGUGAGAUGUGUAUGUAGCACAGAUUAUCUUUCUUCACCGUUUCAACGGUUGGAUAAUUCAUAAAAAUUUUAUAUCACAAUGGGGGAUCUAUGCCAACUAUUCAAUGGAAAUAACUUUACAAAUGUAAUCAGGUAUUUAUGUAAAUUUAAUCUACGGAAACCUCUAUGGUGAUGACGUUGUGAAUGAUGUUAUCAUUCUUUAUAUCCUUCUGACUUCCAUCUACAGUCAGUAGGGAAAAGACAUAUAGGUUGUACAGCCUUAAUAGUUAUUGUAUAGUCUUAAUAGUUAUUGGAUCCUGGAAAAGAUGAACAUGUUUAGAUGGAAAAUCGAGUCAACAUGCUGUGUUCUGACCUCAUGUCCUGAAAUUCUGUAAUAGAUCAGAAUCAAUAAGAGCAGCCUGGGAAUAGGGAUCUCUUACUCCCCCUACUAGACUAAAACUAUUUGAACCAAGCCUUUCAAGCCCAUAUCCCCGGCCAUCAUAGCAGAGACCAUUUCCCUAUUGCUGGUGGUAUCUAUAUGUCUUACUUCUUCUCUAGGUCGAUGUAUUAAGAGACAACUGGUUUGCAAUGGAGAGCUAGACUGUACAGAUGGCUCGGAUGAGAGGGAUUGUGAUGUUCCAGAAGACGAGACAUUCUGCAGACAACUUUUCUCGAUUCCUGGAUCAGAGAAAGCUGUGAGAGGGUAUGGUUAUCAUUUAAAGAUUAAAUCACGUCUCCCAAUUCGUGUUCCAAAUUUAAACAUGAAAAAUACAAUUAAAUAAACCUGAACCUUUAAACAUCUAUACAACGGAUUGUGAAAUGGCCAACAAUUCUACAUACUAAAUAAUUGACUUUAUUCAUAGAAGUUAGGAUGCUGUGCCUGUUAUGCUAUUUAAAUACACAUACAUGUACAUAAAAUAGUCACGUUGCAGUCUCAUAAAUUCAGGAUGAUGAACAAGGAAUUGAAGCAAGUCACAUGACUUUUGAUUAUCAUAUUAUUAUAUGCACUUAUGCAAGGUGUUGUUAUAAUACUAUUCCUAAUUCUAAUACAAUUUGUUUUUAUAAUUUUGACGCUCCCUCAUUUGUCAUAUCUCCUCCACAGCUUCUUAUCUCUGUUUUAUUUUCUGAAAAAAAAUCUCUUUCCUGUAUUUUUCCUACUUGUAGUCAUUUUUAUUUAUUGCGCUUGCUAUAUAAUCAGAUGUCUGUUCAUCUCAUCCUAUUUUAUUUCCUAUUUAUUUGUACCACGCAAUUUUCCUGUCUCCUAACCAGUUUAAUCUUCCCCAUUUUCUUCCCCCAAGCCUCCCAUUUCCCAUGAAUAUUUUCAUGAUCUUUUCAAUGUUGAUAACCUGCUUUCCCUAUACUAUUCUCUCCCAGGUCUUGUUUGCAUAAAUCUUUUAUAUUCACCCUAAUCUGACUUAUUCUGUCUCGCCCUUAUUGCCUAGCCAUCUUUCUGUGAAUUUUAUUUUAUGAUUAGCGCUAAAAAAAUUUUUAUUUAUGAUUACAUCAUUAUUAUUAUUAUUAUUAUUUUUUCUUCUUUAUUUUUUGUGCAUAUAGGCUUAACAUACAUGCUUGUGGUACCCCAAAGGCAUUCCACUCGCUUAUAUCAGUAACAUUUGUGACAAUGGGGUAUUUAGAGACAUUUGCACGUUUUUAUAUUUAAAGUGAAUAUAAGUUAUAGUAAAACAUGAGUAGUAAUGAAACUUGAGUAAAACAGGUCCAUUAGGUAAAUGUUGCUGCGACUGCUAAAUAUGUGUCAAUCGUUUUCAGGAGCCAUAUUAAAAUAAUAUCUUCAUGAUAUACAUAUGCAGUAAGCACAAGUUAAAUUAGCUGGUAUAUUGUCAGACAGACAGGGGUCUCGUUAUGACAUCAAUAUCAAGCGAAGUGGCCAAGUGCCUGUCUAAUAUAUGCAAUACAAGAUUCGGGCUAACGUUGUUGUAGUUAAACUGUGAGGUUACAUUAAGGUCUUGUCCAUUUAGGUCGCUUUAUAAAAGUUGCUUAGUAGACCAAAACCCAGGAACAGAUAAAAUAGGUAGAAUACAGGAGUCCAUCGCUUGAAAGUGAGUUGCUUUAGUCAUGCUUGGGUUUUUCCACCCUAGGUUAACCCCCAUCCGCCAGACAAAAGUCCCUUUGGCUUGGGCUACUCGCCAUGUGGUCUCUGCCAUUUUGGUGCGGCCUCCGAGUGUUGGGUCUGCACUGUUGCCGCCUGGCACGCUGGUGUAUCCGCACGCCGGUGGGCCCAGGGUGGGGGCCAGGAUCACCCCCGCCGACCCAGAGGGGGGGGGAACAGGAUCGGACCCCCUUAGCCUCAUGCUUCGUUCAGACCGCUGGUGGGCAGGAUAGCGGUGUGGCGGCCAUCCACUCCACUCACCGCCCGAGCACUCCCCAUCGCGGGAGACGGAGAGCAUCCCACCGAGGGACUAGAGCUGUGCAGCAAGCCUCUCCUUGGAACCAGGGUGUCUUCUUGUGCAGGGCCGUCGUUUUCAGUAUUUGAUUCUGAUUUUUCGGAGAAAAUUGAGAUUAUUUGAAGGAGCCGAUCAGUUGUGCGACCUGCCAGCAUGGCGGUUCGGCCCGGCCCCCCAUCAUUAUUAUUAUUAUUACUGGUGUUUAUAUAGUGACAAUUUAUUCCACAGCACUUUACAAUAUUAUAAAGGGGAACAUUUAAAGGAACACUAUAGGGUCAGGAACACAAUCAUGUAUUCCCGACUCUAUAGUGUUAAAACUACCACAUAACCUCUCCCCCACUUACCCCCUUUAAUAUAGUAAAAUCUUACUUGUAUUUAAGUCUGCAGCUGCUGCCCCUCUCCCUGAUCUGCCUGGUUAGCUGACAUUAUCAGAAGUGAUUCUCUGAGCCAAUCAUAAUGCUUUCCCAUAGGAUUGGCUGAUCUAGUCGAGGAAGCAGAUCAGUGGCAAAGCCAGCACAAGCCAAACACAGCCCUGACCAAUCAGCAUCUCUAUGAGGAAAGUUCAGUGUCUCCACACAGAGGGUGGAGACGCUGAAUGGCACAUUGUGCAGCACUGCCCCAGGAAGCACCUCUAGCAGCCAUCUGAGGAGUGGCCAGUAAAGUUAUCACUACGCUGUAAUGUAAACACUGCAUUUUCUCAGAAGUGAAUUUUCUCCUGAAGGGAAUGAUUCUACUCACCAGAACAAAUAUCAUAAACUGUAGUUCUUCUGGGGACUAUAGUAUCCCUUUAACAAUAAAUGAGACAAUUAUGAAUUGUUACAGGAACAAUAGAUUGAUGAGAAUCCUGCUUAAACAAGCGUAUUUUGCAGUGCCUUGGGAGUAAUCUGCGCCUCUGUGGGGUUCAGGUCACUAUUGCUGCUUAUGUGAUUAUAUGUGCCAUAUCCCAAGUGGGGACUAUGUUUCCUUAUUAGAAAUCAUAAAAUUGGAGGGAGCAGAUCAAAAAAAUCUUUACCCAGAAGUUCCACAUUCAUCUCCUGUUCUUGCAGCCCUUGAGUGGGCAGCUCAACAGUUCUAUAUGGAACUUCUUGGGUACAAUAAAACAAUUUAGGAUUCUGAGGGGGGUGAAUAAUCUUUUCCACUUAAUCCACAAUUAUCAUACCCAGUGUCCACUUAUAAAUUUCAAUAUUUACGUAAAAGUAUUUAUGCAUUUUUUUUUUUUUUUUUAGCACUUUGACCUAUAAAUUGCCACUUUGGCAUAUUGAUGUGCAAGGUUCUCUUCUGGUUAAACUGUAUUUAUGCGACCUGAUAAUAUUUUUCAUGUGAAAAUAAAUGGCCAAUAGAUGGUUAUAUUUGUCUGUAUUGCUAGUCACUCUCUAAAUAAUAAAUAUUUAAAUAGAAAGAUCGUAAUUAUUAACCUUUGUCUAACUAAUGCUAAAUUGUUCCUUUGUCUGCAGGUUCAAUAUACUCACCAAUGAGUAUGCACAGAAUGUGUAUGAUAACAGAUAUUAUGGGGGUCAAUGUGAGUAUAUCUACAAUGGAGAAUGGAGGGAAUUAAAAUAUGACCCUACAUGUGAACAGAUGAACUAUGCCGAUGAUGAAAAAUACUUUAGAAAACCAUACAACUUUCACGUAUAUAAAUUCCUUGUAAGUAUAUUUAUAUUUGCAUUGUGUGUCUUAGUGUUUGAUUGAGUAGGAUCUAUUGAUUAAUGUGUUUUUUUUUUUUUUUUAAUGUUGUGAGGCUUUGAAAUAGCAAUGGACCCUGCCUAUGAUCUAGCCACUGAAGCUCCUUUAUACAGAGAACUUUGCUAGAUAGUCCAUAAACUUACAAUGUGGAGUUGAGGCAAUUAGGUAGCAGAGCGAAUUUGGAGGUGAUGGCAGAGUUUGUCAUUGAAUAACAUAGCACUGUUCUCCUUUCAAGCUAGUAGGUUAUCAGAUAGCACUGUCCUGGUCCCAAACUAGUUCCAAGACAUCUGAUAACAUAGCUCUGUCCUGAAUCUGCACUAGUUAUUAAUCCUCAGGUAGCAAUGUCCUGGUUCCACACUAGUCUGUCAUGGAAUAACAUAGCACUGAUCUACUUCCACGGAAGUCAGGACUCGUCUAAUAGCAUUGCACUGUCCUGGUACCACGGAAGUAAGGAGUCAUCUGAUAGCAUUGCACUGUCCUGAUUCCACACUAGUCAGGAGUCAUCUGAUAGCAUUGCACUGAUCUAGUUCCACGGAAGUAAGGAGUCAUCUGAUACCAUUGCACUGUCCAGGUUCCACGCUAGUCAGGAGUUGUCUGAUAGCAUUGCACUGGUCUAGUUCCACGGAAGUAAGGAGUCGUCUGAUAGCAUGGCACUAUCCUGGUUCCACGCUAGUCAGGAGUUGUCUGAUAGCAUUGCACUGUCCUGGUUCCAUGCCAGUCAGGAGUCAUCUGAUAGCAUUACACUGUCCUGGUUCCACACUAGUCAGGAGUCAUCUGAUAGCAUUGCACUGUCCUGGUUCCAUGCUAGUCAGGAGUCAUCUGAUAGCAUUACACUGUCCUGGUUCCACACUAGUCAGGAGUCAUCUGAUAGCAUUGCACUGUCCUGGUUUCACGGGACUAAGGAGUCAUCUGAUAGCAUUGCACCGUCCUGGUUCCACACUAGUCAGGAGUCAUCUGAUAGCAUUGCACUGUCCUGGUUCCACGGAAGUAAGGAGUCAUCUGAUAGCAUUGCACUGUCCUUGUUCCACGGAACUAAGGAGUCAUCUGAUAGCAUUGCACAGUCCUGGUUCCAUGCUAGUCAGGAGUCAUCUGAUAGCAUUGCACUGACCUGGUUCAGCACUAGUCAGGAGUCGUCUGAUAGCAUUGCACUGUCCUGGUUCCACGGAAGUAAGGAGUCGUCUGAUAGCAUUGCACUGUCCUGGUUCCAUGCUAGUCAGGAGUCAUCUGAUAGCAUUGCACUGUCCUGGUUCCACGGAAGUAAGGAGUCAUCUGAUAGCAGUGCACUGUCCUGGUUCCAUGGAACUAAGGAGUCGUCUGACAGCAUUGCACUGUCCUGGUUCCACGCUAGUCAGAAGUCAUCUGAUAGCAUUGCACUGUCCUGGUUCCAUGCUAGUCAGGAAUCGUCUGAUAGCAUUGUACUGUCCUGAUUCCAUGGAAGCAUGGAGUCGUCUGAUAGCAUUGCACUGUCCUGGUUCCACGGAAGUAAGGAGUCAUCUGAUAGCAUUGCACUGUCCUGGUUCCACGGAAGUAAGGAGUCAUCUGAUAGCAUUGCACUGUCCUUGUUCCACGGAACUAAGGAGCCAUCUGAUAGCAUUGCACAGUCCUGGUUCCAUGCUAGUCAGGAGUCAUCUGAUAGCAUUGCACUGACCUGGUUCAGCACUAGUCAGGAGUCGUCUGAUAGCAUUGCACUGUCCUGGUUCCACGGAAGUAAGGAGUCGUCUGAUAGCAUUGCACUGUCCUGGUUCCAUACUAGUCAGGAGUCAUCUGAUAGCAUUGCACUGUCCUGGUUCCACGGAAGUAAGGAGUCAUCUGAUAGCAGUGCACUGUCCUGGUUCCAUGGAACUAAGGAGUCGUCUGACAGCAUUGCACUGUCCUGGUUCCACGCUAGUCAGAAGUCAUCUGAUAGCAUUGCACUGUCCUGGUUCCAUGCUAGUCAGGAAUCGUCUGAUAGCAUUGUACUGUCCUGAUUCCAUGGAAGCAUGGAGUCGUCUGAUAGCAUUGCACUGUCCUGAUUCCACGGAAGUAAGGAGUCAUCUGAUAGCAUUGCACUGUCCUGAUUCAACACUAGUCAGGAGUCGUCUGAUAGCAUUGCACUGUCCUGGUUCCACACUAGUCAGGAGUCGUCUGAUAGCAUUGCACUGUCCUGGUUCCACACUAGUCAGGAGUCGUCUGAUAGCAUUGCACUGUCCUGGUUCCACACUAGUCAGGAGUCGUCUGAUAGCAUUGCACUGUCCUGGUUCCACUGAAGUCAGUCAUGGAAUAACAUAACACUGACUUGACUCCACACUAGUCAUUAUGUCAUCCAAUAGCAUAGCACUGUUCUGGGUCCACACUAGUCAUUAGACCUCCAAUAGCAUAGAUUUUUUUUGGUUCCACGCUAGCCAGUAGUCAUCUGCUAACAUAAUACUGUGGCUGCACACUAGUCAAUAGUCUUCUGAUAACAUAGAAAUGUCCUGGCUUCACAUUAGAUUUCUGUCAUCUGAAAACAUAUCAAAGGCUUGAUUCAGUCAUCAGUCACAUCCAACACUGGUGUAAAAACAAAUGUUCAUAGAAAAUGUAUUUUUUUUUUUUUUUUUAAACAAGUAAAAUAUGCUAACUGCAAAAAGCAUUCAGUAUGUAAGAGGUAUUUACAAAAAUAAAAUGAAAAUGUAAAAAGCAACAAAAAGUAAGGUAGAAAUAUAAGCAUUUAUUCAUUUGUAACUAGACUGAACUUUCAUUAAAAAAAUAAAAUAAAAAAAAUAAUAAUAUAUAUAAAUAGUGGGCCAAAACUCAGAGUUGGAUUUGAGAAGUCAAUAACCUUUUUAUUAAUAAAAUCAAUUUCAAUGAUAUUACAUAGAAUGAUUGCUUAACGUAUAGAGAUGUAUUUGUUCUUUUAAAUGAGCUUCAUUUGCUGCCUUUCAAAGUCUGGCUGUUUUGCUUGGAUUGUUCAUCACAGUACUUAAUGUUUGAGGCUAUUACCAGAUCUAAACCUAUAUCCAUAUAUCCAUGGAAAAAAAUCAUUAUUUCCUAUUUAGCAACAAUUGCAACUAAUAAUCAGAGAGUACCCUCCUCCCCAUGUCUUCACUGUUGCCUUGGAAAUCCAACAUAUGAAUACAAAAAUUACACUUACCAACCCAACAGCAAAGGCAAUUAUGUGUAUAGAUAAAUAAUGGUAUUUUAAUAGAUGUUACAUAAUUGUACUUUAUAUAGUGAAAUGGCAGAGCUGGGAAAUAAGAAAAAAAAAUACUGGUGUAUGUUCUUAGCCCUUCUGAUAAAUCCUCAGAUCUUUGCAUGAUGAAUGGAUUAAAAAAAAAAAAUAAAAAAAAAAAAAAAACUAAUCCUUUAUUAUAUUUUUUUUACUACAACUUUGUGCUCUUACAGUUAUAAAAUCACAAGAUUAUAAUCCAUUUUAAAUCUGUCAAUACAUUUUAAAGGGUUACUUAUAGCACCACAACCACAACACAUUAUUUCAUUUAACAAAAACAGCAUUCUACUGUCACCCGAAUUCGACACAUCAUAAUGCAGAAAUCUAGAGUUCUUGUAUGGUGUGAACACAUACGUACUUGUUUCGUGUACUGUGAUAUCUGCUGUAAAGUUGCAGUGUUGGAUCACCACACUUUUCAUUACCUGAACAAUGAUGUAAUAAACUGUGAGCGGUGUUCUAUAACACAUGGUCUAUGUCACGCGUUUCUUGGUUUAAUAAGUAUACAAGUUUAUUAAUAGUUUUUUGGUAUUUUUAGAAUUGCCUUGUAACCUUCUACUGUGGAAUACUAAGCAUUUAAUAUUCCAUUGCGUUCUUAUCAUUGCAUUUUUCUUCCUAGGCCCGAGCAGAUACUGGACUAGCGUUUGAGGUUUUCGAAGAUUCAAGAGAAUUGCUUGAUGCUAUUAAGCGAGGUGGUUCUUUUUCUUUAGGGUUUUCUUUCACCAUUAAGCCUGUAGAAUCACCUGUUGGAUUGGAAGCUGGUCUGACAGGCAGGAUGUCAUAUGAGCGUCUGAAAAAUAUAACAACCUAUAAUGCCAAGGUAUACUAUAUAAACAUUCUGAUUAUGUGUACCCAAGUGGUUUUAGAUAUUCACUGGUCUGAUUGUCUUUUCUUUAAUUUAGAAUGAUUAGUUAAAGGAAAAAUCCGAGCAGAAUAACCACUAAAACCCAUUGGCUUGUGGUUAUGGUGCCAGGAGUCGACUGACCUCCUCCCAGAGUAAUCUGUUAAACCAUUUUAGAAUGGUGUGACAACUUAUCUGGGUCCCAAGGGUACCUGAGCUGCAUCUGAUCCUGAAGGAAAACUGGAUAUCUUUACUGAGCAAACCCAUGCUUAGAUCAGUGGAGCUAACCAGAUUCUCCUGCAAGGAAAUUAUGGAAGCAGACUGUGUGGGUGUGGGCAGUCGAUGGCACCUACCUGCCAAACCAUUCUAAAAACUAUAACACUGUAACCAAAUAUCUUUGAGAUUACAUUUAUAAUUUCUGUAUGUAAAUGUGCAAUGGGGAAUGACUAAUGGCCCUGCAAUCUAUUAUUUAAACAUUAUUCAAUUAAUAGUUUUCUCAGAUGUGAGUUAGAACCAUGAGAACCAUGUCCAUGAUUAGCCAAUUCUGACCAUUUUUCAGGUUUGGAUCAUAAUGAAAGUAUUUGUAGAUGUGUAUGAUCUGUUAAUUAAACCACUGUAACUUUGUCUCCUGGUUUAAAUGCUAACCUUGAUUAUUUCAUUUUUAUCUGAAGAAUUUAAGGUUUAUGCGGCUACUUACCAAAAUUCAAACAGCCCAAUUUAAGAUGAGACGGAAUUCCAUUGUUAUAGAUGAAGACAUGCACCAGUCCCUGAUGGAGCUCCCAGAUCAGUACAACUAUGGCCUUUACUCAAAGUUUAUUCAAGACUACGGAACUCAUUUCGUAACAUCUGGAAUCAUGGGCGGCACUCUUGAAAAUAUUCUGGUGCUUGACCAUGAAAUCAUGAAAAAGAAAGGUUAAUAUAUUUUCCAACGAUUUCACAAGUUUUCUGUCAUUUACCUUGACAAACGUAUCAUCCUGAACACUAUUAUUAUUAUUAUUAUUAUUAUUACACCUAGACAUAUUUAUACAGUACUUAUUAAUCUGACAAUAUAAUUCAAUAUAGACACAUUUCCAAAUUCUAGUUCUCAUUUUCAAGCAUUCAUGAAAUUGCAAGUUAAAGGAACACUAUAGGGUCAGGGAAACAAACAUGUAUUCCUGACCCUACAGUGUUAAAACCAUCAUUUAGCUGGCUUGCCCUCCCAGCCCCGUUAAAUAAUAAUAAAACGUAACUUAUUACUAGCCCCGCGUGUGACUGCCAGUGCUGGUCCUGCCCUCGAUCCAUCUACUUGCUGACAUAAUCAGAAUUUAUGAUUUUUAGCCCAUGGGAAAGCAUUAGAUUGUCUGAAAUCGGCAAGGUGGUGGGACAGGGGCAGGGCCAAACUUUAGCUUGGCUAAUCUGCACCUCCUCAUAGAGAUGCAUUGAAUAAAUGCAUCUCUAUGAGGAAAAUUCAGCUCCUCCACAGCCCGAGGAAGCCCAUCCAUUGGCUAUCUGAGGAGUGGCCAAUGGAGGUGUCCAUAGGGGGAAAUGUAAACACUGUCUUUUCUCUGAAAAGACAGUGUUUACAUGAAAGGUAAUGAUUAUACUCCCCAGAACAACUACAUUAAAGGACCAUUAUAGUGCCAGGAAAACAUACUUGUUUUCGUGGCACUGUAGUGCCCUGAGGGUGCCCCACCCUCAGGGUCCCCCUCCCGCCGGACUCUAGAGGGUGGAAGGGGUUAAACUUACCUCUUCCUCCAGCGCCCGGCGGGUGACUCUCUUCCUCCUCGGCUGAAUGCGCAUGGGCGGCACGAGCUGCACGCGCAUUCAGCCAGUCCAUAGGAAAGCAUUCACAAUGCUUUCCUAUGGACGCUGGCGUCUUCUCACUGUGAAAAUCACAGUGAGAAGCGUGGAAGCGCCUCUAGUGGCUGUCAAUUAGACAGCCACUAGAGGCUGUAUUAACCCAUAUAUAAACAUAGCAGUUUCUCUGAAACUGCUAUGUUUAUAAAAAAAAAAAGGGUUAAUCCUAGCUGGACCUGGCACCCAGACCACUUCAUUAAGCGGAAGUGGUCUGGGUGCCUAUAGUGGUCCUUUAAGCUGUAGUCGUUCUGGUGACUAUAGUGUCCCUUUAAAGUUUAGUUAAUUAAUCGCCUAUUGUAGUGCUAUUUCCAGUUAUGGAAAUUUAAUUGUUAGUUUUUUCAGUAAGGGCAUACAAAGGUCUGUGUGGUGUCAUAGCGUCCAGGGAUCAGUUCAAUAGAUGUACUCUGAAACUAUGCUGGACUCCACUUUUUGACACUGUUCACCCAAGAAUCCCUUACUUGUUAACCUUGUUGUAAAUGUUAUCAUUUCAGUUUGUUGGGGAUAACUUUCAGCCAACUUAUCCUUUGGGUAUGAUUUCUGAAUUAGUGCCUUUAAUUCUGCAUAAAAAGUUGUAUAUUUUAAAAAUGGCACUUCCAACAGCGCUGUCCAUGAGAUGAUAUAGCAAAUUAGACAACAUGCAUUGUUAUUUACGAGGUCAAAUUGGCCAGAUAUCCCUAGACAAAAAUCUUACAAUCCCAUACUCCAGGCACCAUUACAACUGGACUGUUUAAAAAUGACCCUAGCAAGAUUCAGUGCAGAGUAAGAAAAUGAUUGAUAAAGUUGAAACAUGUUUAUAAUUUGAUUAAAAAACGAAGCAUGUUCAUAAUGGAUAAAGAAGAAGCAUGUUAAUAAGUUCACGCUUCUAACUGGCCUCCUAGGACAGUGAUGGCUAACCUUGACACCACAAAUUAUUUCUUUUUUUUUCUUUUUUACAGAAAUUGAAUAUUCAACAAUCACACGUUGUAUUGGUGGUCAUCUUGGCCUAACUCUACAAUCAGAAGAUAAACAAUUGGAGGGUGCAUUGAAAAUAAAAGGAGAGCAUUGUAAAUUACUGAAUGAGUAUAAUGAAGGUAACAUUUCUCCAUGCUUUUGAAACUAAAAGAUAAGAAAAACCACAACUCUAAAUAAGCAACAGAAAAAGUUAAGUUAUAUACUUCCCAGCCUAUUCCAUGGACAUGGGCCUGGAGCUGCAGCUCUAUCAGCCCCUAUGUUAAUCCAGUUCUGUCCUUUAUAAUGUUCGAGUUGAAAACUCCAUAAUAUAAAAUUAGGACUUAAUGUUGCCUUAAAUGAGUGAAAUCUCUAUUUUGGUUUGUCUUAUACUCACAUGAAACAGUAAUUUUACUGAAAACCCAAACAACCUUUUAGCUGUUGUCUUUAUUUCAAUGCGGUCCCCUUUGCAGAGUCUAUACAGGAGUUAGUCAAAGAUCAUUAUAAAUAGUUGUCAAGUUUUUUUAAGUUAUAAAAUAUAUUAUUUAAAAUAUUGGAUAUGUAACUAGCACGUAUAUGUAAAAGCAGCAAUUUUUGUGAAUAGAUUGCUGUUCAGGGAAACACACAAUGUUGACAUUUGCGUAGUUACAUUUGCUUUAUUGAUUUGUUUAUCAUUUAGAGAAAUCUUGUGGGCAUGAAAGUUUUACAGGAAAUUACAUUUAUAUCACAGUAGUUAUUACAUAUAAAAAAUUUCAAAUUCGCUGGUUAUUGAUAUUUGGAAGGACCAAAAGGCCAUAUAUAGGAAUGCAGUUUCCUGCAAAUCGCACUAGAAUGUCUAUACAGAAUUGUAAAGAACCUCUGUAUUAUACUAUAUAUGCUCUGAAUACUCACACCUUUCUCCAUCCUCCCUUGCUACUAAAAUGCAGUCUUGAAGGAAAGGGACAAAAUGAAACCUUGCCAGAGAAAUGUAUUUCUCUGCGGGGUGAAAACAAGAUCUGAAGUAAGGGCUUUAUAGGAUACAUUUAGUUUUGCAUUACUAUGUUAUACAAAAUGAAAUCUAGAUUAUCAGGAUUUAGUCACUAAAUUGAGAACUUAAAUUUAAGGUGACAAUAGCUAAACUGGAAAUAUUCUAAGUCAGUUAUACUUCCAAUUCGGCUACGUUGGCUGUAAAUUUAUAAAUUCUGUUCUCACUUUAGUGAAUAACUAUGCUUGUAAACCUAUUGUUAGGAAGAAGGGAUUGAUGAGAAGUGAAAAAAUGAGUAUACUCUGAUCAGCCACAAUAUUAAAGCCACCGACAGGUGAAGUGAUUAUUGAUGACAUUGAUUAUAUCAUUACAAUGGCACCUGUAAAGAGUUGGGAUAUAUUAGGCAGCAAGUAACCAGUCAGUUCUUGAAUGUCAUGUGUUGGAAGCAGAAAAAUGGGCAAGCAAAAAGAUCUGAGUGACUUGACAAGGGCCAAAUAGUGAUGGCUAAAUGACUGGAUCAGAGCAUCUCCAAAACGGCAAGUCUUGUGGGUGUUCCCAAUAUGCAGAAGUUAGAACCAAAGCUGGCGCAAAGAAGGACAACCGGUGAACUGGCGUCAGGCUCAUGGGUGCCCAAGGUUUUAUUGAUGACCAUAAUGAAAAGCUGUCAGAACACACAUUACAUGGCAGUUUACUGUGUAUGGGGCCGCAGACUGGUCAGAGUGUCCAUGAUGACCUUAGUCCAUCACUGAAGGUCCCUUCAAUGGGGUUGUGAGCAUCAGAACUGAACCAUGGAAAAAUGAAAAAAGGUUGACUGGUCUGAUGAAUCAGGUGUUCUUUUAGAUCAGGUGGAUCGCUGGGUGCUUGGGUUUACUUGGGGAAGAGAUGGAAGUGUGUGAAAAAAGCUGGCCAGCGGAGGCGGUGUUGUGCUUCGGGCAAUGUUCUGCUGUGAAAGAGUCCUGGUAUUCAUGUGGAUGUUACUUUGACAUGUACCUCCUGCCUAGAUAUUGUUAAAAAAAUAAUAAUAAAACAAAAAAAUAAAAAAUUGCAAGCACAAUAUACCAAGUCCCUGUGCACAUUUAAAUAACUGUAGAGAUUGUUGUAGACCACAUACACCUGUUCAUGGCUGUGGUGUUCCCUAAUGGCAGUGGCCUCUUUCCGCAGGAUGAUGCACCCUGCCACACUGCAAAAAUUGUUAAAGUAUGGUUUGAGGAACAUGACAAAUGGUUCAAGGGGUUGCCUUGGCCCGCAAUUUCCCCUGAUCUCGAUCUGAUUGAUCAUCUGUGACAUGCUGGAACAACAAAUCCGAUCCAUGGGAGCCCCACAUCGCAACUUGCAGAAUCUACUGGUAAUGUCUUGGUGCCAUAUACCACAGGACCCAUUCCGAGGUCUUGUGUAGUCCAUGCCUCGAAGCAUCAGAGCUGUUUUGGCAGCACGAGGUGGACCUACACGCCAUAAGGCAGGCAGUUUUAAUGUUGUGGCUUAUCAGUGUAUACUUAGUGAUCCGAUUGUUCAAAUAUGGUGUUUUUUUUUAAUAUCCAAUAUCUAAAAAUCAAGCUGCUCCCAAAUUUAAAUUAAAUAAAAACCAUCAGUUCCAUGGAAUUCUUUUUUCAUGAGUUGCUCAAUUUACAUUACAGAUUAUUUCUCCUCUUCUCAGUAUGCUUUCUCUUUGCAGAUUUCCAGGUAAAAAGUUCAGAGUUUAAUAACAAUGAUUAUUAGGGAACUUAGAUGGAAACAUCCAGCUACAGGAUAAAGAGGCAUGCAAAGUCCCAAAUUUGCCUUUACGCUGUUAUAGUGAACCUGGUUCACCUAAACCCAUGAUAUUGCAUUAAGCAACAAAUAUAGUAUUGGUCAUAAUGAUUAGUGAUAUGUGUAGCUGAUUAAUGAGAUAUGAAAUCUAUACUAGCUUCCUUCUCCGAGUGCCAUUCACCCCAUCACAUCACUUAAGUGAGUGUUACAAAGACACUCACGUACCGACUCUGCUUUGACCUGCCAUCUGCUAAUGCAACUGGCAAUGUUUGGGGACACAUCAUUAAGCAGGAUACAGCUUCCCAAUGACCUCGACAUGCUGGUCUGCAUGUCAAAUCAAUCCUCGGCAUAGAAGCUAUACUGGUAUCUAUCCUGAAGACUGAUUGACAGACAUGGGAAGGACUUUAUGUUCAUUUACAUGAAGGUUUCAAUGCCAAAAUGCAAAAAGCAUGCAAUAAACCAUGCAGGAUCCAAGUUCUGAUGAAAAUAUGUGUUUUGUCGAUAAUCAAGUCUUGUUGAACAUCAUUUUUUAGAUGAAACCGGAAGUAACAGCUUUAUAAAGGAUGUUAUCACACAUAUAAAAGGUGGAGAUACUGCAUCAACGGGUGGAUUAAUGCAUUUUUUUGAUGUGAACACAUAUCGUUCCUGGGGAAGGUCUUUGAAGUAUAAUCCAUCACUAAUUGAAUCUGAGGUAUGAUCAAAUGUUUAUUUUUUAAAGAGCUAAGGAAAUUGCUAAAUAUUAUUAUUAUUAUGUUAUUAUUUAUAUGGCGCCAACAAAUUCCGCAGCGCUUUACAGUGGGUGGAUGAACAAACAUGUAGUUGUAACCAGAUAAAUUGGACACACAGGAACAGAGGGUUUGAGGGCCCUGCUCAAUGAGCUUUCAUGCUAGAGGGAGUGGGGUAAAUAUCCUAAUCCAUUCAUGAGGAAGGAGUUUGACUCAGUUCUACAGGUGAGAGGACAAGCCAAAAAUUAAGUUAGUAAAGAGGAUAGGCAACACUGAGGCAUCCAGGCAUAAGUCAGUUGCUCACAUGUGAUAUACUUUAAAUAUAUUGUGCACACUGGACACCACACAUGCACCAUGCACAUACUAAGUACACAAUAUUGCACAGCUGUAUUACGGAAGGCCGUAUGUCUCAGCUUGAAAGUGCCAUAUAAGUAACAUAACCUCUAUAGCUGACUUAAAUACUGUGUGGACACAUCCCCUGGUUUAAUUUCAAAGUAUCUUGAAACAUUGGUAAUCAGAGAUUACUGGUUUAGACUGGAGUGUUGUAUACUGUAUAAUCAAUGUGAUUGAGGAGGGAUCUUGUCCGAUCACUGGAAAGAGACCCGGUUUAUGUUAUGCUAUUUUUAAAUGGUUUUACAUUAUAUCAAGGAAUGGUGCCUGGACACUACAGAUAUAUUGAUUAGACUGUCCAUUAACUUGCAGAAACUGAGCAUAAAUUAGUGAACUAUUGGCUCAGUCUGGCUUGCCAUUGAAAUAUACAUAAAUGGUUUUAGCUGAUGAUUCCUUAACAUUUUCAACUUGAAUAUUAUGUGCAGUGUGGCUCAAUCUGAGUGGAGCAUGACUACCAAUAAGCCAAAAACAAAAUGCAAAAGGCUUUUAUGACUGAUAUAUGUGAAUUCCAUUUCGAUCAGCCGACCCGUUUUAUUGAGUUCAGCUGUUCAAAAUAUGAAUGAUAGUUAAUCAAGUCAAAAUUCAAAAAAAUGUAAUGCAAAAGCUAGUUGCUCAUUUUCAACUGGAUUUUUUAAAAAAAUAUUUAAAUUGACAGAUAUAUUAACAUAAAGAAUAUACUAAACUAAAUAUUUUGUAAUGCUAAGAAAACCCCACAAAUAGCUGUUACCUUUAUGUUGCAGAUAAAAUCAAAUAAUUGUUUAAAAAAUUAGCUCAACUAAUAGCUCAACUUUAGAUGGGCCGAAUGGUUCUUAUCUGCCAUCACAUUUUUGAAGAAGCUAAUCUGCCCUUUUUGAAGAAGCUAGUCUGUUAUAUAGCUAUAUAAGAGGGUGACUGUGUAGGUAACUACUUAAAUUUCAAUUCUACUGUAAACUAUGAUGGGCAACUGUACAAUGGCAAUACAUUUGAUCCAAUAUACAAGAUUUUAAAGAAAAUUGUUCUUUUUUUACAAUCUCUCAACUUUCUGUUCUUCGAAGUUAAAUACUUUUCUAGGAACCGAUGAUAAGAUGAUCUCUGGAACCAAGCUGCUUCAGAAGUGGCAGAGACUCUUAAAUAUUGAAGUACCUCUGCUUAUUAUAUACUGGGUUAGAUAUUUAAAAAAAAAAAUAAGUUUUCAACAAUUUAGCUUUCAUAGAAUGAGGAUAGCUUGAAAAGGAGUGAGAAUGAUGAGGAGUUUGGGGAAAUUGUAAGCACCACUGCUGCUUAUUGUAGUGAUGAUGGUGUAUUGACUUUAUAGCUAUGGUCCUUCCUGGUUUUGGACACAUAUUUUUAAGUUUGUGUGAUCAAACCUGAAGGAUGUUACCAGCUGCUAAAGUUCACCGCCAUCGGUUAGGACCUGUAAAGUUUCCUAUUUUCAUAUGAAUCUGUAGUUUAAAUCAAUUUGCAGAGAUUAUAAAUGUUUUAGUUGCUAGCAGACAUGGAAGCUAUAACCUGCGUCCGUGUCUCUAUCACCUAUACAUCUAUCAAUUCUAAACUGCUUGUAUACCUCCCUGUGUAUAAGGGGAGAAAAUGAUAAGAAUAUAUCAAAACGUUCUGUGCACAGCUUAAAUUAUGCUCAGAGCAGAAUUUAUAAGAAUUGUACUUUGUCAACUUUCUACUCCUAAAAGAUAUUAGUUUAACUGCAGAAAUCUUGCUUUGCUUCCUAAUGACAUGUACAAAUGUGUUGAAGGAUAAACAUUGCAGGUUAGGAGCAAUGGACUAAGAAAAAAAGCUUUUAAGGAGCUGCAUUGUAACCAGAGAAAAGUCAGAACUUUAUAAAACGAGGUGGGACAUACAACAAGGUUAGGACGCAGAAAUCUGUAACACAUUUAUUUAUUUGCAAAAAAUUAUGCCAAAUGCAUCAUAUAAAAAUAUAGAUAGCCAAGUAUUUUUGGUUAAAUGUCAUAAAAUGCAUCAAAGUUGUAUUGGUACCUGGAUUGUCUUUGCUGAUGAAUUAUCACGUGUCUGUCCUUUACACACCAUAUUGCACAAGAGAAGCAGAUAGCUAACAAUCACUUCCAUUUCCAACAAUCACAUCUACAUGACAUUAGACUGCCAUGUAGAUGAUCCUAAAGGCAAUCACAUUGUUUGUUUCAUUAUAUUUUAGAUACAGCCUAUAUACGAAGGUCUACGCCUAACAGGUAUCUCUGGAAUUGAGACAAAGUUAAAAAACCUGAAGAUGGCAUAUGAUGUGUUUCUGAGUGAGUUUAAUGCUUGUCGAUGUGGCCCGUGUCAAAAUAAUGGUGAACCAGUGCUCAAUAACAAUGAGUGCACCUGUCUGUGUCCUGGAGGAUAUAGAGGUCCAUCGUGUGAAGAGACAUUACGCACAGGUAAAACGUUUAGUAUGUAGUAAGACUUCAUUUACUAUUGAAACAAGAAUUCUCAGUUAGUUAUUUGAAACCUGCAGUUAUACUCAUUGCUACAGGCUGUAGGAUAUAUUAUAGUAAAAUCAAUAAUAGGAUUCUUCCUGGGCUCUUUCAGUGUGAUGUCCAUGCAGCCUGCUUAGAAAUUAGUGUACACUAAAGAAAGAAUGUUAUAUUUGUAAUUUUGUAGUUUUUAAUCCAUCUGAAAAUGAAAUCAACAAUAAAAAAAGGAGACUCACCAUGUGUCUGAACUUAUUCUAUAAUUGCUUGUUCUUCAGAGAUGUAUCAGAUAAGAAUAUUAGUAUAUUGAUAUAUAUAUAUAUAUAUAUAUAUAUAUAUAUAUAUAUAUAUAUAUAUAUAAACGCUAAUAUUUAAUCUUAUUUUUUCAGGUACCAAAGUUGAUGGCAGCUGGAGCUGCUGGUCUCCCUGGUCAAGUUGUCAGUAUGGAAAACGCCAGAGGACAAGGGCGUGUAACAACCCUGGUCCCCAAAAUGAUGGGAUGCGGUGUAUUGGGAAGGAUGUUCAAAAUGUAUUCUGUUAGGGAGUUAGUUUAAACUAACAGUACCCUCAAACCAUACACUAGGGACAGGAGAAUGUGACUCCACAAAUCCUCAAUAAUCACCGAAUAUAGGAACUGUUAUUUACAAAAUGUUUUGUCUGAAGUUGAUACAAUUUUUAAUAAUAAGAUUCACAAUAAUAACUAAAAAAAAAACGUGUUCUUGUGUCUUAAUGUAUCUUGUUGACAGUUCUGAGUAGCAAAUUUAAAGUUGCUGUGAUACUUACAAAUUGUUGCAGUUCUAGGACUUCCACAGAGUUGUGUUAUAUGCAUUACCAUAUUUACAAUAAUACAAAUUUGUGAUGGUACUUUGUGUAACCCCAUACAAUAUUUUUCUCAAAUGGCUAGUCUGUCCUUUUUUGCAUAUCUACGUUUACAAUUCUGAGCCUUGUAUAUAGAACCCUGAGAUUCCUAAUUAUAUUGAAAAGAAGUACAAGACAGCUUAUAGGAGGGAAUAACAGAUCUCUAGUACACUGGCCCUCUAAAAUUCCUAGACAUGUUCGGAUGGUUACUGACCAACAGAUGGCAAGAAUGCUCUGUUUCUUAAAGGGUUAAUUCAAUCACUACAACCACUUCCAUGUUUUGAAAAGGUGCUAAUUCUUGAGGUCUGUGUGUGCAAACAGAUCAAACCAAGAAAGAAAAACAGGUUGUGCCUAUUAACAAACAAUUAGUAAGUACAAAAUUAUGAAAAAAAAGUCCAACUGUAUAUAGACCACAAUUUUCUGUAUCAAAUAUUCUUUCUCCAGAUGGAGUUUGUAAUUAAAUUCACAGGUACAUAAACACAAACAGAAGUAGGAAACCAAUUGUGCAGAAUUAUAUAUAGGGUGGAACACACACACCACAUACACUAUGUGAAUGUCCAGACACAUUGUCCAGAGCUUCAAAUAAUCUCUAAUUUGAAUAACAUGCAAUGGUAUGGUUCCACUUGUGGAUCAGUG